GUGAAGUCUAGUUCAGUGCUGCAGCUUUAGAACUCAUAUAAAUACAGCCGAGCUUUCUCACAGUCCUGUGUUUUCCACUAGAGCUGGAGCACUGAGCUAGAACAACUCAAACCAGGAGGAACUACAGCUACAGUAAAGAUUUCGAAAAAUGGAGUCCCUGUCAGUGGCAAACACUAACUUUGCUCUUCAUCUCUUUAAGAAGAUCAAUGAAAACAACAAAACCGGCAAUGUGUUCUAUUCUCCCCUCAGCAUCUCCUCAGCACUGGCCAUGGUUACUCUGGGAGCUGGAGGGAACACUGCAGCUCAGAUGUGUGAGGUCUUGUGCUUCAACAAACAAGCUGCACCUAAACAAGCUGCACCAGAACAACAGGCAAAGAAAACCCAAUCUAAACAACCAGUGCCGGUACAACAGGCACAAAAAUCUCAGAAGUUCCAGUUACCGGCGGCUUUAUCAAAGUCUUUGCAAUUUGGCAAAGCCCAGGAUGAUGUUCAUAUUGGUUUCUGCAAGUUGAUGAGUGAACUGAACAAAGCAGGAGCCCCGUACGCCCUCAACCUGGCAAAUCGGCUUUAUGGAGAACAAUCCUACAAGUUUGUGGAGAAAUUUCUAGCUGACACAAAAACCCACUACAAGGCUGAACUGGAAGCUGUUGAUUUUCAAACAAAGGCAGAUGCUGCACGUGUCCACAUCAAUACGUGGGUGGAGAAACAAACAAAAGACAAGAUCAAGAACUUGCUGCCAGAAGGAAUUCUUGACAGUAUGACCAGACUUGUCCUGGUGAAUGCUAUCUACUUUAAGGGAAGCUGGGAGAAGAAGUUUGAUGUGGCCAGAACACAGGAGGUUCCAUUUAAGCUGAACAAGAAAGAAACUAAGCCGGUGAAGAUGAUGCAUCAGAAGGCAAAGUUUCCUCUGACCUACAUUCCUGAUGUUGGCUGCCGUGUUCUAGAAAUGCCGUAUAUUGGAAAGGAGCUUAGCAUGCUGAUUAUGCUUCCUACUGAGAUAGCAGAUGAAACUACAGGGCUUCAGAAGCUUGAGAAAACCCUCACACCUGAGGUGUUUCUGGAAUGGACACGGCCUGAUAUGAUGGACACUGUGGAGGUAGAGGUGGCUGUGCCCCAGUUUAAACUGGAGGAGACCUAUGACAUGAAACGGCUGCUCGUCAGCAUGGGCAUGGUGGAUGCCUUCGAUGCGUCUAGGUGUGAUUUUUCACGCAUGUCUCCCGGUAAUGACCUGGUGCUCUCUGAGGUGUUGCAUAAGGCUUUUGUGGAGGUGAAUGAAGAAGGCACUGAAGCAGCUGCAGCUACUGCAGCCAUCAUGAUGUGCCGGUGUUUGCCUCUCCCUCCAGAGCGCUUUGUGGCGGAUCACCCCUUCCUCUUCUUUAUUCAGCAUAAACCCACACGCAGCAUUCUGUUCUGUGGACGUUAUUCCUCUCCGUAAACUGCCUGAUGCUGUAAUCAUUUAUUAAAGUUGCUGCAAAGUGCUUGGGGUGUUUUUAUGACAUGCCAAUGAUUGGAAAAUAUUUUUUUAGUCCUAAUGUUUAAACUUUAUUUCCAAAAAAAGUUGGGAUGUUUUGUAAAACACAAUAAAAAGAUUUUUUUGAGCAUCAAUUUCUAAAUGUGUUUAUAUUAACAAAAUACUCUGAUGUUGAUCAGUGAAAACACUGAAAAUACUUUUAUCAGUUACAUAAAAAAAAUUGAAGUCGGCUUGGUGGCUCGAUGGGUAGCACUGUUGCCUCACAGCAAGAAGGUCCUGGGUUCGAUUUGCAUGUUCUCCCCGUGUCUGCGUGGGUUUCCUCCGGGAGCUCUGUUCCCUCCCACAGUCCAAAGACGUGCAAGUGAGGUGAACUGGAUAUACAAAAUUGUCAAUGAGUGUGUUUGACAUUAAAAACUAUUGUUCCUAUCUUGAAUGUAACACAAGUGUAAACCAUGAUGUUAAAAUCCUAAUUAAUACAUACAGAUUUAAGUGAAUUAACAAUUCAGAUUCUUCUUUUACUGCAUUUUACAAAAUAUCCCAACUUUACCAAGUAAUUGGGGGUUGUGAUUAUCAUGCCUUAAUUUCUCUAUGCAGUCAUCUUAAAUAAUAAGUGCAAUUAUCACGCUGUGCAUUAAUUUAAUGCCAUAAAAAUCAUUGAAAUUAAACAAAAUAAA